AUGAAGUGUCGUGAUCCAGAUCUACGUCGGAAGAUUUUGGCAAUUGCUGAACCAAGUGCCUAUGAUGACAAGGGGAUCUUCAAAUGUGCCCCUGUUGCUCUGUUGGUAGAAACCUUGAUGAAUGUGGAAGAGAAUUGUACCCCAGCCCUAAAAGAAGCGGCGAACUCCAAGUCUCCGAACAGCCCUGCGGGCAAAAUGCGCCUUGUUUGUCUUUUGGUUCCGGAGCACGAAGCUCCCGCAACAUACUCAUACCUUGGUCACGAAGAGGCAUUGAGAUGUGAGUAUGGUGUGGUCAAGCCCCGAAAUGGACUUACUACGGACAUCAAUGGGAAAGAUGUCACUAGAUAG